GGAGAUUUGCUUGAACCUGGGAGGCUGAAGUUGCGGUGAGCCAAGAUUGCACCACUGCGCUCCAGCCUAGGCAACAGAGCGAGACUCCAUCUAAAAAAAAAAAAGAAAACACAUGUAUUCAAGUAUUCAAGGUGGACUCUGUAGGUAAGCCCGGAUAACCCUUGCAUUCCAAUAACAGGACAGGCCAACACCUGGGACAGAGAGAGGACCCCUCUGACUCCUUCCAGGACAUCCUGUAGGGAGUAUGAGCCUAAUGUGGGCAGAAUCCAGAUGAGCUGGCCAGUGCUGUGAAGGAGCUGCGAGCAGCCCCAAGAGCCGUGAGAUGGCGCCAAAAACCAAGAAGGGAUGGAAAGGCUCCAUUGAUGAUUUACUUGGUGACCUUCUAGGGGAUGAGAUGACACUACCUGUGAAGCCUGUUAAACUAGCUUCACAUACCAGAGACACUACAGGUGUAUCUCAGAUGUUCCCUUCUUCAAAGGCUAGAACAAAGUCCCUCCUGGGUGAUGAUGUCUUCAGCACCAUCGCAGGCCUGGAAGAAGCUGAUGCUGAGGUUUCAGGUAUCUCAGAGGCAGACCCACAGGCUCUGCUCCAGGGCAUGAAGGACCUGGACGGCAUGGAUGCUGACAUCUUAGGUCUGAAGAAGUCUAAUCCAGCCCCUAGCAAAAAAGCUGCAAAGGACCCUGGGAAAGGAGAGCUGCCCGGCCACCCCAAGCCUGCAGGGGGCGCCAUAUCCACCAAGAAGUCACCUCCGUCUCCCAGCAGCUCUGGGCAUCAGAAUGGGAGGUUUUCCUCUGAAGACGUGGAAGACCCGUUGGCAGGACUUCUCUCCUAUGAUGAAGAAGGAAUCACCAAGAAGCCGCCUGUGACAGAGAGUAAAACAGCUUCUGACAAGAGCCCCAGCACAGUCAGAGAUCAAGGUCCCUCUAUUCCGCUAACUCCUGGAGACACCCCCAUCCGAAAAAGAGAAGAAUUGUUUGACGAUGGGGAUGACAUCAUGGCCACCUUGGGGUUUGGAGACAGCCCCAAAGCAGAGAAGAGGCAGAUGGGAGACCAGGAAGGGCCUCGCCCUGCUCGCUCCACGCUGGAUGAGCUGCUGGGUCGAGGCACGGCCACCAAACUCCUAGCCCGCCCAGGCACAGGGGAGCACAGGGAGUUCAAGCUAGACAAGAAGUACCAGAGGCCACAGGAGAGUGAAGAUGCAUGGGGGGACGAGGACUUCACCUUUGGAGCCUAUCAGCCCACCGUGGGCUCCUCUGAGGGCCGGCAGUCCCACAGGCAGUCUGUCAGUAGGUUCUUAGCAGACAGUGGCCCAGACCCCAAGGGAGAACCAGGCUCCAAACAGAGCCCUCCAGCUGCUUCCAGUCCCAUCCAGCCCAGGAAGGGAGGAGCUGACUGGCUGGGCCUCAAGGACGAGGACUUGGACCUGCUCCCUGCCUCACCCACCAGAGAGGCCCGUCGGGAAAGCUCAGUGCCUGCCACGCCCUCAGUGCCUGCUCCUGCGAGCCAGCACUCCACACCAGCUGGGCUGCCCCCCUCCAGGGCACAGCCACCAACCGAAGGGGCAGGGUCCCCUGCCAAAGCCAGCCAGGCUUCCAAGCUGCGAGCCUCCAAGGAGGAGGAAGAGGAGGACUGGCUGAGACAUACCCUGUCUCGGAAGAAGUCCCAAGGCCUGGCCAGAGAGCAGCGUGCUGGGGCCUCUGAGGGCCUGAGUUUGGCGGGGGCAGCGGGCCAUCCCCCUUCUGGCAGCCAACCUGUCACCAGCACACAAGGACUUGAGCAAGCAGCUGCUGGAGGGAGCUCCGGAACAACUGCACAAGAAAGACCGUGUGUCAGGCCUGGUGACUCGGGGUCCCCUGUGACUCGGAACCAUGCUGCCUCAGCACUCCCUACAGGUUCCCCAAAGAGGGGACCAGCCCCUGGAGACCUCUCGGCCACUGAGCCUGCCACCUGUUCCCCAAGCACCCAGGAACCCACAGAGCCUUCCGUGCCCAUCCAGCCCCUGCUCCCAGAAUCCCUGGCCCGGAGCCUGCUGCCAGGCACAGAAUACCAGAAGCAGCUCCUGGCAGCACAGGCACAGCUUCAGAGCGGCACCACUGAGCUCCAGGCCAAACUGCUACAGAGCCAGGCCCAACUGCUACAGAGCCAGGCCCGGCUGGCAGAGCUGGAGACCCAGGUGCGAAAGCUGGAGCUGGAACGGGCCCAGCAUGAGCUGCUGCUGGGGAGUCUGCAGCAGCAGCACCAGGCAGACCUGGAGCUCAUCGAGAGUGCACACAGAAGCCGCAUCAAGAUGCUAGAAACAUCGUACCAGCAACGGGAGGAGCGGCUCCGGAGAGAGAAUGAGGAGCUGUCAGCUCGGUAUCUGUCGCACUGCCAGGAGGCUGAACAGGCCCGUGCUGAGCUCACAGCCCAGCACCAGCGGCGCUUGGCGGCCACAGCACAGGAGAAGGACCAGGAAAUGCAGCGGCUCCAGGAGCUGCAGCGGGCGUCCAUCCUAGAGAUGCGCAGAGACCACGAGGAGCAGCUGCAGCGGCUAAAGCUGCUGAAGGACCGAGAGGUCGAUGCGGCCACCAGCGCCACCUCUCACACGCGGUCCCUGAAUAGCAUCAUCCACCAGAUGGAGAAGUUCUCCAGCAGCCUGCACGAGCUGUCCUCCCGCGUGGAGGCCUCGCACCUCACCACCUCCCAGGAGCGGGAGCUGGGGAUCCGGCAGCGUGACGAGCAGCUGCGGGCACUGCAGGAGCGGCUGGGCCAGCAGCAGCGGGACAUGGAGGAGGAGCGGAGCCGGCAACAGGAAAUCAUCGGGAAGAUGGAGGCGCGGCUGAAUGAGCAGAGCCGGCUGUUGGAGCAGGUGAGGCCCAUCCUCCUGGCCCUCCUGCCAUGGGGCCUCUUCUCCAGGGCACCUGCAGGCAUGACGGCACUGCUGACCUCACCUCCUCAGGAACGCUGGCGGGUGACUGCCGAGCAGUCCAAGGCGGAGUCCAUGCAGCGCUCCCUAGAGGAGCAAAGGAAGGUCACGGCCCAGCAGAUGGCCAUGGAAAGGGCGGAGCUGGAGCGGGCCAAGAGCACCUUGCUGGAGGAGCAGAAGUCUGUCAUGCUCAAGUGCGGGGAGGAGCGGCGGCGCCUGGCGGCCGAGUGGGCGGAGUUCUCUGCGCAGCAAAAGCUGAGUAAGGAGCGGGCCGAGCGCGAGGCCGAGCGGGCGCUGCAGGUGGACACCCAGCGGGAGGGCACCCUCAUCAGCCUGGCCAAGGAGCAGGCUGAGCUGAAGAUCAGGGCCAGCGAGCUCCGGGCCGAGGAGAAGCAGCUGGCAGCGGAGAGAGCAGCCCUGGAGCAGGAGCGGCAGGAGCUGCGGCUGGAGAAGGAGAGGACCAACGCCACCGCCCUACGUGUCAAGCUCCGCGCCCAGGAGGUGGAGAGCAUGAGCAAGGUGGCCUCCGAGAAGUACGAGGAGGGGGAGCGAGCAUUGCGCGAGGCCCGGCAGGUGCAGGCAGAGCAGCAGGCCCGGUUGCAGGCGGUGCAGCAACAGCAGGAGAGGCUGCGGAAGCAGGAGCAGCACAUGCACCAGGAGCAUCUGAGUCUGGCCCAGCAGAGGCUGCAACUGGACCGCGCACGACAGGACCUGCCCUCCAGCCUCAUGGGUCUGUUCCCCAGGGCCCAGGGCCCUGCAGCCUCCAGCCAGAGAGCCCACUUGCCUACUGCUCCCAGCACCCGCUGGUGCAGCCAGCCACCAACUGGCCUGGACCCCAGCCCCUUACACCUUCAUGCCAGGCUGGUGCUGCUGAGGCACACGGCAGAGCAGGACCGUGACUUCUUGGAGAAUGAACAGUUCUUUCUGGAGACCCUGAAGAAAGGGUCCUACAAUUUGACAUCUCAUUCAGCCUGAGUGGGAUCCCAGCCGAUUCUCCAACAGAGGUUCAGACCCCAGAACUCUCCUGUUCCUCCUGCUGCCUCCACGGAGGCAGUGCCUGGGGAGGAUUCUGAGAUGCUUGAGGCCUGAUGGCAGCUUUCCGUGGACAGGGUGCAAGUGCAUCCUUUCCAAGUGUGCCAGCCCGGGGCAGCCCCUGCCUCUGGGGCUCUGUGGUGUAGGCUGUCUUACCACGGCUUUGGCUGCCCUGCCCCAAAGCCAUCUGGCUUGGAUCUGAAGGUCUGAGCUGGCAGCGAGGACCCCCAGCUCUCACUGGGCUCUGUGGGCUCCCCCUUUCCACAGGUAGACUGUUGUGGGCUCUUUUUGCCUGGGCCUCUUCUGAGGCAGGAGCUUUCUUGAGGGAUGCCACAAACAGCCUUCCCUACUCCCUGCCAGAGCAGUUCCCUCCCUGAUGAGCUGGAGAAGGGCCCUCUGGCCUCCUGACGGUACAGGGAAGGCACCAGCUAGAUCCUCCCCUGUGGUGUGAGAUGUUCCUGGAACUCAGCCGGGCCCUCCUCCUCCUGGGCUUGCCCAGAGCCCCCACCCUAUUCCUAGCAUUGCCCGAAGGACCAACCAGUUUGGGUGGACAGUGGCCUCCUCAGCUUCCUCCCCAUCUGGGUGCCACACUGGCGGCAGAGGGAGCUGUGGCGAUGGUGGGCCGUGGGGAGGGACGAGGAGGGAAGGUGCCUCUGUGCUGCUCAUCUGCCCAAAGCCACAGCUCAGUGGGCGUGCAGUGGAGGUGACAAGGAAUCCAUCACAACUAGCAGAGAUUUCUUUGAUCCUCCUCCACUCCCACUGCUUCACUUGACUAAGCUUAAAACAACUGCUUUUGCCAUGGCUCAUCAGAGUUUAUACUUAUUUCUUAGAAAAUGUCUCCUGUUACUUGCUGGACAAGUCCCAAAGAACAGGCAGAUGUUCCUAUUAAGAAAGUCAGCCUAUAAGAUUGGUCAGGACCAGGCACCUCUGGCCACGUGCCUCUCCCCUCCAGCACCUGCAGUCUCCAGUGGCACCUGGCAGCUGGACCACAGCCAGAAGAAGGGUACUAUUAGCCCUGCUUCAAACAUGCAGAAACUGAGGCCCGGGUAGAUUUAAAUAACCUGUCUGAGGUGACA